AUGCGUGUGAGGGAGUUUGUGUGGUUGGGAUUUUUUGCUCUCCUGGACAUUUGUCUCGAAAAGGACAGGCGCGUACAAGAGGGAAACCCUUACCUACUUAGCCCCAAAGUCCCCACCAACCCAUACGUCAGAGUCAAUUCGCAGUCGCGCUCUCCACCGGCAAAAAGAAACGCCGAAACAUUUUCCACCCAUACCACUUCACACCCUCACCCAAAGCGCAUCGCAUCUUCCAACCACACCAACUCCCCUUCCCACCAAUCGCGCCCCUCAAUGCUGACUCGUCAGCUCGCGCAAGCCUCGUCAUGGCGUAGAGGCUCCGUCUGCCUCUUCUGCGCCGCGCGAAGCCAAUUCCCAACACCGCAACUGAGGCCAUUUGCCACAUCGAGUGCUUUGUUUGCGAAGAAGUCGUCGCCUAGGUCGGUGUUGGCGCGGCGGCAGGAGAAACGGAUUAAGAAGAUUAAGGAGCAGGAGGAAGCGAAACAGUUGGCGAGGAUUCAGGCGGAUUUGGAGGGGGGUGGGUCUGAUGGGGUGGGUUUGGAGGGAGGUGGAUCUAAUGAGGCGGGCUUGGAGAAAGAGGGUGUAUCCGAUCAGACGACCGAGGAUGGCGCUGCUGAGACGAAGAAGAAGGCCACAAAGGCGAAAAAAUCAGUAUCCAAGGCUGAGGACAAGACAGAUGGUGGAGAUGGCAAGAAAAAAGUUAAAAAGACGAAGAAAUCAGUAACCAAGGCGAAAGCUAAGUCAGCUGGUAAAGAUGGCGAGAAGAAAGCCUCAGAGCGGGUGCAGAUCAGGAAAUUUGUCGCAAAAGGGAAAUCAGAACCCGAAGAUGGGGUUGAGAGCGCCCCAAUGUCCCUCAAAGAAGCUUUGCUUGCAUCGGAACACGCACAGCCUCGCGAGCCGCUCGACAUCAGCGUCAUGUUCCCCGAAAAUCUGGAGUUCACGCCCGUCAAGGUCGAUAAGCCGCCGGUGCCGAUGCUGUCAUAUGGUCUCGAUCGUGUCCUCUUUAACCCAGGCAUAUAUCGUCUACAAGACCCGCGCUCACUGGUGUACAACUUCGACCCAUAUCUUGAAAAAAUCAUGCCGGUCAGCGAAUUCGACUUUGAUGCACUCAGCGAGUACAAGACAUCGUCAAAGGAUGAGGAACUUCUUAAGAUAACUCAAAAUACUGGUGCACAAUUCACUGGUUCCACUUCCAGCAUGUCGGGCGUCCUGCAACACUUUCAUUACAUACUCUCCAACUUCCGCCCUCUAAAUCACGACAUGCUUUCACGCGACUUCCCGAAACCUUCAGACAAGUUUUCCAGAAUCACGCUUGGUCCUACCGCCGUAUUCCUGCGCUACAAGAAUGGGGUAUAUGCUAUAGAUGCCGACAAGUCUUAUGACAGGCCUAACAUCAUGAGCUGGCUCGGUCACUCGCUGGAGAAGCUACUCACGACCGAAAGAAGUGAAUUCGAGCGCUUCAGGAAGUCAAAUCCAGAAAAGGCGCCGGCGGAGGACAAAUCGAGUCGAUGCUACCACUACUCUAGACAAGGAAAUCUUUUGAUGCGCUCUCAACUAGACGCCUAUGACCCACGACUUCCGGGCACUGGCGUGUUUGACUUGAAGACGAGAGCUGUGGUCUCCAUCCGCAUGAACCACAGAAAGUACGAAGAAGGCGUUGGCUACCAACUCCGACACUCAUUUGGCCAAUGGGAAUCGUAUGAGCGCGAAUUCUACGACAUGACACGCGCGACGUUGUUGAAGUAUUCACUCCAGGUCAGAAUGGGGCGAAUGGACGGUAUUUUCAUCGCGUUCCAUAACAUUGAGCGGAUAUUUGGUUUCCAGUACCUCAGCUUAGCCGACAUGGAUGAGGUUCUCCACGGCCAACGUGACACGUUCCUGGGCGACCAAGAGUUUAAGCUUUCGAUUGCCCUGCUCGACGAGAUCCUUUCAAAGGCAAAAGCACAGUUCCCGAACACGACACUUCGAUUACACGUCGAGGCAAGAGAGGCAAAAACGCCCUUUAUGUACGUCUUUGCUGAGCCGGUCACGGAUGAGCAGGCCGAUGAAAUACAGAAUAAGGGGGAUGCAGAGCAAAAGGAGUUUGCAAGGACGGUGAUAGGGGUGGGCAAGCAUGAUCCCAAGGUCCAGGCAGAGUGGCAAAAGACGCAGGAUGAGGUGGAUGAGCAGCUCGCUGAGGAUCAGAACGGCGCGGCGGCAAGGGAAGAGGUCGUUGUGGAGUCGGAGGAUGAGGUGGAGAUGGAGGUGGAGCAAGAAGCCGAGCAAGCAGAUGAGGAGGCUGCGGCUGAAGCCACUGCUGAAGAUGGAGAUGAAGUUGACGUUGAAGUUGAUGUUGAAGUUGAUGUUGAAGUUGAUGCUGACGCUGAGACUGAAGCCGAGGUCGAAGCUGAAACUGAAGCCGACACUGAAGUAAAAGUCGACGCCGAAGCCGAAAACGAAGUGGAUGCGGAACCUAUCAACUCUUCUACGAGAGAAGAAGUAGCUCCGUCCGGCCCACUGAUGGGCUGGACUCUUACCGUCCGAUCCAAAGUCAAUCAAGGCUAUGUUGACCGCCCUGUCAAGAUCGACAGUGAAGACGUGUGGAACAUUGAAUACCACAUCCAGGAGAUACCCGAGAGUCAACGGUGGGCACUCUACGACGCUGUCAAAGAGCGACGACGCCAGCUCAUUGGUCAAGACGAGGAGGAAGCUGACAAGGGACUGAAAGCGUAUCGCGAGGUCAUUCAAAGAUUUAGUAACAGAGGCCGCGAGUGGAGAGACAAGCAAGACAAGAUGAAUGAAGAGUUGGGCGUCCGAGUGUACAAGCCGUUGGGACCGGGAAGUGGUAGUGGCGAGUACGUGGAUGGACAGUGGGUCUUGGGUACUGCUGCCGCUUCCGAGUUGACUGCGCCAGGCUCAAGUGCAAAAGGGACGGAUGUUGUAGACAUGGAGUCUGACAAGGAGAGCGCGACCGAGGCAAACGCUGGGGAAUCGGAGCCUGCGGAGCCCAUGUCCAAGGAGGCGAAAGAGGAGAUCCUGGAGGGCAUGCCGUCGGCGCCAUCAUGA